AUAUACUUGCCGCUUUGAAAUCGGCAUUAAAAACGAUCGGGAUUUUCACGUGGCUCGCCGCAUUAUUGGUACAAAAGGCGUUAAUAUGAAACGCAUUGUGAAAAUGUCCGACGCAAAGUUGAGGCUGCGAGGGCGAGGAUCGGGCUUCCUUGAAGGGAAUAUGAAGCAGGAGUCGGACGAACCGUUGCAUCUAUGCAUAUCAUGCGUGGACCCGGUUGGGUAUCGUACAGCUACUAGGGAAGUGGAAAGGCUGUUGGAAGGCAUUUACGAGGAGUAUCGGAACUAUUGUGAGGACUACGGCUUGGAAUACCCCGAGAACUUAACCGUUGUGAUGAAAGAGCACCCGUUGCUGGCGAACUCGGGUUCGGGAAGCAACAAUACGAUCAACGGAAGUGCUGCUAGGGACACGCUUGUGUUACAAAAUGGUGUGGAUGAUGAUGGUGAUGAU